AUGAGAUCAAGCACGAACGCCUUUCCCAUCCAAGCCACUGGAAUUCCAAUCCCCGAGCCUUUUCAAACUAAGUGUCUCAGUUAUGGCAAGCAUGAAUCCCUAUUUACAGCCAAGAACCUUCCAGAUCCUGCAUGGGGGAAUCACCCAGACCUUGCAGCUAUAAUUAAGCCUCCUCCGAUGACGACAAGAAAAGAAGCUCUCUCCUCUACGCAAGACAUUCGCAAGAGUCUCUUAGGAUUGAAAUUGGCUCUUCUUGAAGAUUUGGAACUGUUUGAAACUGGAUCAAUGCUUCUACAAUCUUCAUCCCUCUUAUAUGAAAAUUCUCAUUUGCCUAUUGAGACACUUGACCUCCCAAUAUAUCGUCUACUUGAUCAUUCUUCUUGGCUUUUGGGAAUUAUUCAAUCUUCAUGUGGCACGAAGGAAGAAAUCUUGGACGUUACACCUGCUACACAACGAUUCGAAUCGGAGAACGGCGGAUAUGAGGACUCCUGGUUUAUCCUUCGGGAUGCUGGCUACAAUAGCAUGGAUGAAGAUCCCACCACAGUAUCCCCACAUGAUUCCGGGUAUCAUACCACGACGACAUCUCCGGAUCGAAUGACAAAUCCCCCAAUACCAAAAUGUGAUAUAGCACUGUGGCUUGGCAUAUUGGAAGCACAUUGCUCACUUGUCCGCAUAUAUCGUGCUAUUUUCAUGCGAUUAUACCAGCUAUUUCUCAUCAUACCUCCAACUGAUGCAGCCACGAUUCUGGUGUUACCGAAGGUACGGUUUGGAGGAUUUCAUUUGGAAGGAAAUCUCAUUGUACAAGUUCAAUCAUUAGUUGAGCUCAGCUCUAAAACAAUGGGCGAGCUUGACCAAGCCCUUAAAUUGAGGUCAAGCCCAGCUCAACCCCAAGAGGAUCAAGAGUUCGAUCCAUCCGAAACUAUCCGCCAGAAAAGUUGGUCAGCAUCAAUCUGCGAGAUUGUCUUAGCACACGAACAAGAUCCCUGUGAAAUGUCGUUGAUGGAAAUAAUGGAGUGCUUGCGGCAACUUGUUAAAGAUCCAGUGAUGAUUUAA